AGCAAUAAUUUGAAGAAUCCAUUUCCACACUUUCGUCAGUAUAUGAAGGACCAAAGGAAAAUUUAUGAUGAAUUAUAAUUGAGUAUAAGUAGUUUGGUUCAAAGUUAAAUAAGGAUAGAAGAUAUGAUUACUACAGGAAUGUUGCGUUGUAAGUAUAGCAUAAUAUCAUUUCAGCGUAUGCAGAUUCAAGUCCAGUAAAAAAGAUGUUGCAUGCACCAACUAUGAAACUAUAUGUAGUAAAAGAAGUAAUUAUUAAAAAUAUACAAGUAGGAACCAUUACAUAAUAAAGAGAUUCGUCAGAAUAUAAAAGAUUGGAUAUCAUUUUGGUAGAAUAAAUGUUCCAAUUCAAUUCAACAUGUUUAAAUAUAUUCUACUUUUUGGAGUACACCUGAAGGAUAUGUUUCUAUAGUGAUGGAAUAUAUGAAUGGAGGAUCUCUCUAAGUUAGUUCUAUGUUGAUUAUAAGAAUUUAUUAGAGAGUGUGGGUGUUUUACCAGAAAGGAGCAUCAAAUAACUUAUCUAACAAAUCUUAUAUGGAUUGUAAAGGAUUUAUUAAUCAGGAAUCUAAUGUCAUGGAGCCCUUGGUCCAUCAUAAAUCUUAUUUCUAAGAGAUGGUACUGUUAAACUCAGUCAAGGAUUAUAAUAUAGAGUACAAAUUUAAGGGAAUUAAGUUUUUAAUUAACAUCUUCUAGGUAAGGUUAAAGAUGUUCAAAGGUAUUUAAAUUCUUACAUAUUAGUUUAUAUGAUCCAAAUAUAUUGGAAAUACCUUCCUUAUGGAUCAAAGCACCAUGUGAUAAAUAUCCAUUUGCAACAACAGAUGAUUUUAUAUUAGAAAGAGCUAAUGAUAUUUGGAAAUUAGGAUGGCUCAUAUUAAAUUGCGCUAUAGGCACUUUAGAAUUCCAUCCUAAGGCUUAGUAAAUUUAUGAAGGUUCACGAAUUAUACUUUAAGAAAUCACUAAAUAUAUAGAUUAAUUUAAGGGAACUUGUUGUUUAUUACAUAGUGAAAUUAAAGUUAUCUAAUUUGUUGAAUCAAAUUCUAAAAUUGUUAAUGAACCUUCUAAACUUACAAUCUUAGAUUUCUUACCUUCUGAUAAAUUUAGUGUUGAGUUCAUACAUUUUCUCUGUUGUACUUUAAAAAUUGAUCCUCGUUAAAGAUUAUAAAUUGAAUAAUUAUUAGUACAUUAAUGGUUAACAAGUGGGAAAGAAUGUAAAGGUAAUUUAAUUUUAAUUCACUUAGGUCCAAAUGUAUAUUUGAAAGAAUUACUUUCUAUAUCUAAUGCUUGGAAUGCUUUCUUACCUGAAAAAUAUUAAGGAUAAGGUUUACAAAAAUUAGAGAGAUUAUGUGAAGCAUUGUGUUUGGUUUUACAAAAUUCAGAAAAACCGUCUAUAAAUAAGUAUUUGCUUUAAUCUGAAAUUUGAAGAAUUCAUCUAUAAGAGAGUAGUCCAAUUAUCAAAGAAUUGUCUUAUGAUAUGGGUAUAAAUGCAAAAGUCGUAAGUGAAAGAUUGAUUUCAAUUUUCCAAUCAUUAAUUUGA